GCAUUUCCUAAAUUCUUCAUGAGUUGUGUCUCUCCUCUCUCCUCUCUCCUCUCUCCUCUCCUAUAGCCAAGCCCGAGACCCAUCUGCAAUUGUGGAUGACAUCACUGUGGGAGAGGAAGUGAUUCUUCAAUCCUUAGUCACUCGGGGGAGGGCAAAUACUGUCGAUCCUGCGAAAUUCUCAGCUUAGAUUUUGUGGGUUUGUGGGUUUACUUCCUUCGAUCACGUCAUGUUAUCUUCAAUGCUCAGUGGGACUGAAAAUCUCACCUUCACCAGAAAAAUUCCAUAUGGGUUAGGCUCUCUGGGUUCAGAUUUUAGUGGGAGGUCUAUAUCCAAGGUCGGAUUGAUGUCUUAUACUAGGAACUCCAAAGCUCAAACCCUAGCAAUAAAAUGCAGCGUCUCGUCUGCAAGGCCGGCUUCUCAACCGAGGUUCAUACAACACAAAAAGGAGGCAUUUUGGUUCUAUAGGUUCCUGUCCAUCAUCUAUGAUCACGUCAUAAACCCUGGACACUGGACUGAGGACAUGAGGGACGAUGCCCUCGAACCCGCGGAUCUCUAUGACCGGAAUUUGACAGUGGUGGAUGUUGGGGGUGGAACUGGGUUCGCUACUUUGGGAAUUGUUAAGCAUGUUGAUGCUAAAAAUGUUACGAUUCUUGAUCAGUCUCCUCACCAACUUGCCAAGGCGAAGGAAAAGGAGCCCUUGAAGGAUUGCAAGAUCAUUGAAGGUGAUGCUGAAGAUCUUCCCUUCCCAACGGAUUAUGCUGAUAGAUAUGUUUCCGCGGGAAGUAUCGAAUACUGGCCAGACCCACAGCGUGGUAUCAGGGAAGCAUACAGGGUCUUGAAAAUUGGUGGAAAAGCCUGUCUCAUUGGUCCUGUGCACCCAACAUUUUGGUUAUCUCGUUUCUUUGCAGAUGUGUGGAUGCUUUUCCCAAAGGAGGAAGAGUACAUCGAAUGGUUCGAAAAGGCUGGGUUCAAAGAUGUUCAACUGAAAAGGAUUGGACCAAAAUGGUAUCGGGGAGUCCGUCGGCAUGGCCUGAUCAUGGGAUGCUCUGUGACAGGAGUGAAGCCAGCAUCAGGAGACUCUCCCCUCCAGCUUGGUCCGAAGGUGGAGGAUGUAAACGAGUCUGUGAAUCCUUUUACGUUCUUUCUGCGUUUCAUUCUUGGUGCCAUGGCUGCAACUUACUAUGUUCUGGUACCUAUUUACAUGUGGCUCAAAGAUCAGAUUGUUCCCAAAGGUGCCUCAAUCUGAGAGAGUAGAGCAGUUUUUGUGAUCCCGUCUGGAACAGUUAAUGUUCUCCUAUUGUACUCCUUUGAUUCCAUUGCUUUUGGUAAUCAUAGAAUAGAUGCGUGUCUCUCUUUUUACUGCACAAUGCCCUUGGAUGAUGGUUGGCUAUUGGGUUUCUUAAACAAUGCCACUUAUGUUUCAUAUUUCUUUGGAUAAGAAUUGUCCUGUCCUGCAAGAAA